ACUUCCUAUAUACUCUUAUGAAUUCACGAACCUUUCCCCUAUUAGAAAAAGCUCAGCAACAAGGGACAUAGUAAUAAUAUCCUCUAGCCUAAACUAGAUACUGUUAUUGUCCAUUAUCGUCGUACGGUCUAUACUGUACAUAUCUUUUUUUAGUCUCAAGCCAACCGGUCGGCUACAGUGAUACCUUGAAUUUGGGCUGGUAAACACUUAGUAUCGACGCAAUGAAUGUGGCGUCUCUUUUCGGGAGAGACGCGUGCUCCGAUGCUUUCGGCGAUGAUAGCGCCAAUUCAUUAUGUGCUCCUAGUGGUACACUCUGCUGCGUCCGACGAGGACAGACAUAUCCAUCUUGUAUACAACAAUUAGGUCGAGGUUGGUGUUGCGUGGGAAAUGGCACCAACGACGACUGUUACGCGGAUCAGGCUUCCGAGUGCGACUCGCCAAACGCCGUAGAAUGUGUCGACCUCGCACCGAACACGACGAAAGCGUGUUGUCCCCGAUUGACAAGGUGUUCCUCAGGCUACUCUGCCUCCGAAGACUUCGUGCGAUGCGAAAUCGGUUACAGCGAUUUAAUGCAACUUGCCGCGACCGCGUCCGAUACAUCAACCGUUUCUAGCGCCAUUACCUCUCAAGUCGUCCUCCCUCCUUCGGCCGCCGCCACAACGAGUAGUUCAAGUACUACUCCAACCCCAACAGCCGCUCUAGAACAAGCACAAUCGACAUCCGCAGGUACAAUUGCUGGCGCGACAGUCGGCGCGGUUGGCGGUGCUGCUCUCCUAGGCGCUCUCGCGUUUUUCUUCUAUAGGCGGAGAUCGAAAGCAAAAUACGCAGCCGUCAACCCCAGCAAUGGCGGCGAUUCUAAUGCCCAAAUGCACAAUCCGAACCAACCCGGUGGCUAUCCAUGGCAAUACAGCGGCGAGCCACCGAGGCAGUUAUCGGAACUUCAGACGCCGGAACCGCCGAAAGAAUUACCAUCGCAGUUUCCUCCUCAAGAGCUGCCAGGGUCAGUACCCGGAGCAGUACCAGGGGCUAUGCCGACGUACCGCUAACGGCGAACCGGGAAUUAGAGUUUCGGGGGACCGAUUUGAAGGGAGGAGCAUUAUUCGUGAUCAUGACAUUGAAAAGAUGGAAUGGAAUUGGCGCAUUGGAUAUAUAUACCUGUGCGAGUAGAGCGAGGAUACUUCCUAUUUUCUGUAAUUGUUUAGAAGCAUCAAGCUGCAUAUACAAUCUAGUAUAUAUAAUACAUCGAGUAGCUGUGAUGAAGGUUAGGAAGAAUUUAGAAUGGUGUUUGCUAAUUUCCCGAGCAUUUAAGAUACGCUCACGUAAGGGAUGACGCGGACUGAGGCGUCACUUUGGUGGAACUGAAUAAUUUCAUCCACUUGUUUUAGAGAAAUGCUCCAUUGACACUUCAAGUACAUCAAUCGCGAGGUUCGCGGCUCAUUAUUUGUAUUCGUGUUCCAUGGAAC